CGCCUGCCCGCACGCCCUCUCCGGGAAGGCCGCACGCUGGAGGGGCGCGGUGCGAGUCUAGGGGUGGAGAGACGCGGCGUGGAGGGAGCGACUCGUGGAGUCAGUAAAGGGCACAGCCAGAGGAGACUGGAUUGCCAAGGGUGAGGGCUGGAGCUGGGGGUCUGGCAACAGGCACAGGUGAUGGAAGAAAUGAAGCCAACAGGUACAGAUCCAAGGAUCUUGUCUCUAGCUGCUGAAGUUGCAAAAAGUUCUGAGCAAAAUGUCCCUGUCAUAUUGUUGAAGUUAAAAGAUAUAAUAAACAACACCCCUGCAGGAAGCUCAGAGUUGAAGAAAAUCAAACAAGAUAUAUAUUGUUAUGACCUCAUUCAAUAUUGCCUUUUGGUCCUCAGUCAAGAUUAUUCUCGGAUCCAAGGUGGUUGGUCUACAAUAUCCCAGCUUACACAAAUACUAAGCCAUUGCUGUGUGGGCUUAGAGCCAGGAGAAGAUGCAGAGGAAUUUUACAAGGAAUUACUUCCAUCAGCUGCCGAAAAUUUUCUUAUUUUGGGGAGACGAUUGCAAACAUGUUUCAUCAAUGCAACUAAGGGUGAAGAAAAAGAUAAAUUACUACACUUUUUCCAAAUUGUGACUGAUUCUUUCUCCUGGCUAUUGGGAGGUCAUAUUCAACUCAUACGGAAUGUCCUACAAAGUGAUCAUUUCUUGCACUUAUUACAAACUGACAAUGUGCAGAUAGGAUCCACAGUCAUGACUCUGCUACAGAACAUAGUACAGAUCAACAGUGGUGAUUUACUCAAGAUAGAAGAAAAAACCCUGCAUUCUAUUUUAGAUGAAGUUCUUUUCAAGCUUUUAUCAACUCCUAGUCCAGUCAUAAGAAGUACUGCUACAAAGCUCUUGUUGUUGAUGGCUGAAUCUCAUCAGGAAAUUUUGAUUUUAUUGAGACUAAGUACCUGCUACAAAGGACUUAGAAGUCUACUAAGUAAACAGGAAGCUGUGACAGAAUUUAGUCAAGAACUUAGACAGCUCAUUGGUCUUUUAAGCCCUAGCAACUAUCAGGAAGUAGAAGAGCAGAAACUAUAUCAAGCAGCUACCUUGAUUCAAGCCUACUGGAAGGGUUUCCAGACCAGAAAAAGAUUAAAGAAGCUUCCGUCUGCUGUGAUUGCUUUGCAAAGGAGUUUCAGAUCUAAACGAGCAAAGGCAUUAUUGGAACUAAAUAGGCAGAAGGAAGAAGAGGACCUAAAAUUAAAAUUAAAGCUUCAAAGACAGAGAGCCAUGAGGCUUUCCCGAGAAAUACGCCUGAGUAUACUUGAGAUGGUACAUCCAGGUCAAGUAGAGAAGUUCAAUAGGAAAAUGAAAGAGAGAUCAGCAUUGAUUAUCCAGAAGCACUGGAGAGGAUACAAGGAAAGAAAGAAUUUUCGCCAACAGAGACAGUCUCUCACAGAGUAUAAAGCAGCUGUCACACUUCAAAGAGCAGUUCUUAAAUUCCUAGCAAAGUGCCGUAAGAAAAAGAAACUAUUUGCUUCUUGGCACAGACUCCAAGAACUCAGUGAUGAACGCAGAGUUGAACUGAAGCAACAAGUGGAUGAAUAUGUUAGAAGACAUCCAGGUUCUCAGAUAUCAGGUGUGGUCAGCAGAGAGCUCCAUGCCCAAGCUCAGGAACAACUACAGCACUACUUUAUGGGAAGGGCCCUGGAAGACCGAGCCCAGCAGCACAGAGAAGCUUUAAUGGCUCAGAUCAGCACCAAUAUUGAACAGUUAAUCAAGGCCCCAAGUCUGAAGGAGGCAGAAGGAAAAGAACCUGAGCAUUUCCUAAGUAGAUCCAGACCUGUGGCAGCUAAGGCCAAGCAGACCCAUCUCACCACCCUGAAGCACAUGCAAGCACCCUGGUGGAAGAAGCUUGGGGAAGAGCCAGGUAACGAGGUUGAUGCCGCUACAGACGAGCUUAGUUUAGAAUUAGGAACCUUAUUUAUUGGUGGGACCAAAUCCCCUUAGGUACUUUCCAUUAAAGUUGGUGCAAAGCUUAUAUUUCAGGAAAUUCUGUUGGUUUUUCCUCUGUCCAGCCUAGUGCUGUCCUAAUUCAUGAUUGCCCAGAGGAUUUUCUUCAUGCACUUUCUGACAAUAAGCAAAACGUUAUCUACCUCACCCAUUUCUUAUUCCUUUUUCUGUGCUUCUGUCACUAGCCAUAUGUACAUAAUUCUGUGGCUUCCAUUUUGAGACAAAAUUCAGCAUGAAAUUCUGUUGUUGAUGUGAAAUUUGUUUUCCCA